CCAGAGUGCAUGUUGAGAGUCUGCAGCGCGAUGAAAGACUGAUCAGCUGUCAUAUCGUUGAGAUACAAGCUUGCAAUUGAAGUGAAAGAUUGGCGCUUGAAUGAACCUGGAUUAGAAAGAUCUUUCUCCAUGUUCUCAGUGACUCCGUCCAGUCCUACCAGCCCCGCAGCGCCGGCUCUGGUCCAGUUCCAGCUCGGCCUUUUCCGCGAGGUGGUUCGAGUCCCUGCUGGCAACCUGAGCUACAGCCAUGCCAAGAGACUGGCAGUGGAGAUCAUAGAGCGCAAGGCUCCAGAAUGCACUGUGGUCGGCGUCGGAGAAAAGAUUUUAAUGUUCAGACACCAGCCCGCCUCGGAGCAGCUGCUGCAGCGCCUCACAGACCACGACCAGCUGCAGGAUGGAGACCUGAUCGAGGUCAUCAUCGCAGAAUCAGCGUCAGUGACAGAGAUGAGGAUCCGUCCACACACCCUGGUGGUCUAUUCAUACCGGACUCCCACUUUCUGCCACCACUGUGGAGAGAUGCUGUGGGGCCUCGUUCGACAGGGACUAAAAUGUGACGGUUGUGGAUUAGACUUCCACAAACGUUGUGCUUUCCAGCUGCCCAACGACUGCAGCCGAGCACGGCGUCAGGUCAGCACCAGCCUCUCCCUGUUCCCCCCCCGACGACCCCGCACACACUCCCUGUCCAACCAGGCAGGAGGCAGUCUGGAGGAGAUCAGCAUGUCCAAGCCCUCCUCCAGGCCCCCAUCCUGGGCAGAGGCCCCGGUCUGGCUGGGAAUCGGGUACGGGGAUGCGAGCAGGGCCCAGGUCCCUCACACCUUCCACAUCCACAGCUACACCAAACCCACCGUGUGUCAGCACUGCCACCGGCUGCUCAAAGGGCUCUUCAGACAGGGGCUGCAGUGCUCAGACUGCAGGUUUAACUGCCACCGGCGCUGCGAGCUGCUCGUCCCCAGAGACUGUCCAGGAGAGAAGAGAGGCAUCAACGGGGAAGAAUCCUCUGCAGCGUCUCUCAGCCUCCCAGUGGACCCGGAGGACGAUGAUUCAGAGAUCACCAGCAGAGAGACGUCUGACGAGGAGAUGUCAACUGACGGUGACUCAACCAGCAAACACGAGUCGAUGAGUCCGUGUUUCAGCAGCUACAUCCCUCUGAUGAGGCUCGUCCAGUCGGUGCAUCACUCCAAGAGGAGAGCGGGAGGAGUCCUGAGGGAGGGGUGGCUGCUGCACCACACCGACACUGACACGCUGAGGAAACGUCAUUACUGGAUCCUGGACUGGAAGAGCAUCACUCUGUACCAGAACGAGAGCAGCACCAAGUUCUACAAGGAGAUCACGCUGUCCGAGGUGCUGCAGGUCCGAGGCCCCGCCCACUUCUCCGUGCCGUCGUUGCCAGGCAACAGCGCACACUCCUUAGAGGUGGUGACGGCCUCGCUGGUGUACUGCGUGGUGGCCGGAGAGGACGGGCCGGCCUGGGAGAGCGCCAUCCGCCAGGCUCUGAUGCCCGUGGAGAGCAGCGGAGGACACGGCGACGAGAACCAUGAUGAAGAUUCACACAGAGACAGCGUGGACAUCAGCUCGGUGUAUCAGAUCUCCACAGACGAGGUUUUGGGCUCAGGACAGUUUGGAGUCGUUUACAAAGGUACCCACAGGAAGUCGGGUCGGUCAGUCGCCAUUAAAGUCAUCGACAAGACGCGUUUUCCAACCAAACAGGAGAGACAGCUGAGGAACGAAGUGGCCAUCCUGCAGAAUCUGUCCCACCUCGGGGUGGUUCUGCUGGAGGGGAUGUUUGAGACGGUGGAGCAUGUGUUUGUGGUGAUGGAGAAGCUCCAUGGAGACAUGCUGGAGAUGAUCCUCUCCAGUGAGAGAGGCCGACUCCCUGAACGCAACACCCGCUUCCUGGUGACUCAGAUCCUCGAGGCUCUGCGGUAUCUGCACUUCAAACACAUCGCUCACUGUGACCUGAAGCCUGAGAACGUGCUGCUGGCCUCUGCAGACCCGUUCCCUCAGGUGAAGCUGUGCGACUUCGGCUUCGCCCGCAUCAUCGGCGAGAAGUCUUUCCGCCGCUCGGUGGUGGGCACGCCGGCCUACCUGGCGCCAGAGGUGAUCAGCAGCUGCGGCUACAACCGUUCUCUGGACAUGUGGUCGGUGGGCGUCAUCAUGUACGUGAGCCUCAGCGGGACGUUCCCCUUCAACGAGGACGAGGACAUCAGGCAGCAGAUCACCAACGCUGCGUUCAUGUACCCAAGACAGCCGUGGGCCUCCAUCUCUCUGGAGGCUGUGAGUCUCAUCAACAACCUGCUGCAGGUGUCGGUCAGACGCAGGUACAGUGUGGGCAAAGCUCUGGGACACCCCUGGCUGCAGGUGAGAGCUUUUACUGUACACAAGUUUGUAAUCAAAUUGAGAGUAAAGUUCUCCCUCCUCUUCCUCCUGCAGGACUUCCAGCUGUGGUGCGACCUGCGGGAGUUUGAGCAGCGGAUGGGCUGCAGGUAUCUGACGCACCGCGGCGACGAGGAGCGCUGGAUGCGCUUCGCUCACGAGAGGAACCUGGACUUCCCCUCACACCUCUGCUGGGAGCCCGGCAACAACCCCGACAUGUGACCUCGGGCCGGCGGAGGUUAAAGGAUCUUGAAGGAAGCCAUGACCUGUUCUGCGGUGUCGGUCUCAGCGGUCUCGCGGGUCAUGAAGUCGAUGAAGGCCUGGAAGGUCACCACGCCCGUGUUGUUGGGGUCCACCAGGGUCAUGAUGCGAGCAAACUCCACCUCACCCUGUCAGAGAGGAAACGGGUCGGAUCAGUUCAGACAUACAGUCGUGGAAAUAAUUAUUAGACCACCCUUU